AGGCUUAUAACGCGGAGUAGGGUUCUUGCUUUUGGAGUGUGAGAGAGAUCGCAAUGAUGAAGUUCUAUCGAUCGCUCAGGGGGAAGAAAUCUGGUAGGGAUUCUCCAGUGGCGAGCAUUGCCGCCGAGGCUACUGUUCCAUCGCCGGCUAGGUCCAUUGAUCAACGCGCCAAGGAGCUAGAACAGGUUUUCAGGUCGAUCGACACCGACGGGGAUGGAAGGAUCUGCCUGGAGGAGCUCCGCGCGAUGCUCAGACUGAUAGGGAAUGCUAAUCCCGACGACACGGAGCUGCUGGGGCUGCUCAGGGCGAUCGACUCCGACGGCGACGGCUUCAUCAGCCUGGAGGAAUUCCUCCGCGCCAAUGACGAGGGCGGCAGCUCCGCCGGCGAUCUCCGGGCCGCAUUCCAGGUCUUCGACAUCGAUGGAAAUGGAUUCAUCUCGGCGGACGAGCUCCACUGCGUGCUCCAGAAAAUGGGCGACAAGAUCACCAAAUCCGAGUGCCGGAGGAUGAUCAAGGGCGUCGACUCGGACGGCAAUGGCCUGGUGGAUUUCGAGGAGUUUCGGAUCAUGAUGGCGCCAUCGCAAGAUUCGCUACAGCAAUGAGGGCGAGCGAGCGAGCGAGCGAGCGAAGAACCCUAAAAAAGGAUCCUCUGCCUGUCUCUGUCCCUUUUUUUUCUUGAAAAUAUAUCGCAUACUGUUACA